UCCUGGCGACACAACUGCAAAAGUUCAAAACAUCUAUAGUACUGUUCUAGCUACCCCCUUGGGAGAAAAAACUUCCAAACUUUCCUAUUAAAAAGGAAACACUUGUGAGUUGCGACUCAACAAAGGGCCUCGAUCAUCAGCAGCAGUCAUGACGGUGUCACCUUCUGUUGCCUCUGCUAACAAGAGUGGUCGAGUCCUCAUUAUCGGCGCCACCGGCUUCAUUGGAAAGUUCGUCGCCGAAGCUAGCCUCGACGCCGGCCUGCCCACUUAUGUCCUCGUCCGACCCGGCCCCUCUCCCCCUUCCAAGUCCGACACCAUCAAGUCCCUCAAAGAUCGAGGCGCCAUCAUCUUACAUGGAGUGAUGAGUGAUAAGCCAUUGAUGGAGAAGAUACUGAAAGAGCAUGAGAUUGAGAUAGUCAUAUCAGCCGUGGGUGGUGCUACAAUUUUAGACCAGAUUACCCUAAUCGAAGCCAUUACUUCUGUCGGAACGAUCAAGAGGUUUCUGCCGUCGGAGUUCGGUCACGACGUUGACCGGGCCGACCCGGUGGAACCGGGUCUGAGAAUGUACUUGGAGAAGCGCGAGGUGAGGCGUGCGAUUGAGAAGAGUGGGGUUCCAUACACGUAUAUUUGUUGCAAUUCUAUUGCUUCGUGGCCCUACUACGACAACAAGCAUCCUUCCGAGGUUGUUCCACCGUUGGAUAAGUUCCAGAUCUACGGUGAUGGCACAGUCAAAGCCUACUUCGUAGACGGCCCUGAUAUCGGGAAAUUCACAAUGAAGACGGUGGACGACAUCCGAACUAUGAACAAAAAUGUUCACUUCCGACCACCAAGCAAUUUAUAUGAUAUCAACGGACUUGCUUCACUGUGGGAGAAGAAAAUUGGCCGGACUCUCCCAAGAGUCACCGUAACUGAGAACGACUUACUGGCUAUGGCUGCAGAGAAUCGUAUUCCACAAAGUAUUGUUGCCUCAUUCACUCAUGAUAUCUUUAUCAAAGGUUGUCAAACUAACUUCCCCAUUGAAGGACCUAAUGAUGUUGAUAUUGGUACUCUCUACCCUGAAGAGUCUUUUAGGGCCUUGGAUGAGUGCUUCAAUGACUUUCUCGUCAAACUUGGGGGGAGGCUAGAGACUGAUAAAAUUGCCACCAAGAACGCAGCGGUGAUCGGAGUUGAACCCAGGGCAAUUACGCUUACUUGUGCCUGAAGAAUAUUGCAAAAUUUUAUCAUCAAGACAUUUCCGCUUGUUCUUCAGUAGAAUUCGUUCCACAAUUUGUUUGGCAUUCCCACGUUUACUUCAAAAAUGUGAUAAUUUCAUUAUUUGGUAAUAGCAAGGAAACUGGAUGUUCAUUUGCAUAUGAAAAUGAUCCAGCGAUUAUUAUGGGUUGUUUGGUUACUUAAUGUAAUGCCCAAGUAUGUGAAAAUAAAUGAUGAUGUUAUGAUUGUUUUUUCGUA